AUGAAUCCGGACGUUAAUUUGAGCAGGUGGGAGGACUCGGCCAACCGCAUGCGAGACAAGGCCCCCAAGGGGUGGUGGACGGGUUACAUUCUGCGGGUUACCACCCACCGCUGGUUCAACAGGACCGUUACGAACCGCAUCCAAUGGUGGCAUUGGAUGACCGUGAUUGCGCCGGACGACAUGCACAACGCGCACAAGGGGCUGGUGCUGUUUGUGAUCGGGUCGGGGUGGUCGCAGUUCCACUACCACCACGUGCCAGACAAGGACGAGAUGUUUACUGCUGCCUUCGCCCCUUUGGUAGUGGAGCUGGGGAUCCUGGGAGCAGUACUGCAUCAGCAGCCAAUGGAGCCAAUUUCAUUCUAUGUGGGGCCUCAUGGGCCGGGCAGUUUUAAGGACCUGGAAGAAGACGAGUUGAUGGCGUCCCAUGCCCAUCCCAUGCCCAUCCCAUGCCCAUCCCAUGCCCAUCCCAUGCCCAUCCCAUGCCCAUCCCAUGCCCAUCCCAUGCCCAUCCCAUGCCCAUCCCAUGCCCAUCCCAUGCCCAUCCCAUGCCCAUCCCAUGCCCAUCCCAUGCCCACCCCAUGCCCAUCCCAUGCCCAUCCCAUGCCCAUCCUAUGCCCAUCCCCUGCAUCUAUCCCAGUCUCCUUUGCCAUGGCGUUGGAGCAUCCGGAUGAGCUAGAGUGGCAGCUCUCAGUGCCCAUGGCCAAGUCCAUCGUGAGGGGAAUGGAUGCGCUGCAGCUCGCCUCCAGAGACAUCUUCCCCCACCUCCCGGUCAGUGCUGCCGCUCUGGUAGCUGCCUCUGUAGCUGUCGCUGCAACGUUCUCACCUGUGGAAGGCUUUGUGCUCAUGGGAGUGAGCAAGAGAGCACUGAUGGCAUGGGUGACAGCAGCUUUGGAUAAGAGGGUGGUGGGCAUGGUGGCGUACGGCUUUGACCUGCUGGACUUUGGGCGCAACGUGCAGCAUCUGCACGACUCAUUAGGCGCGUGGCCGGUCAUCCUCAAGUUCUACGCCACCUUUAACGUCACCUCCCAGCUGCAGUCGCCCCAGUUUCAAAGACUCACUGAGGACACGGACCCAUACUACUUCAAGGAGCGCCUCACCAUGCCCAAGCUGCUCGUCAGUGCUGCGAACGAUGAAGUACAUCUGGUGGAACGACAUGCCGAGCCAAAGCUGCUCAAGAUAAUGGCCAACUCGGAGCACGUCAACCAAUGGGCCAACCAAGCAACGCUCUCCUUCCUCGCCUCUCUCCUGCACGUCAACUCCUCCUGCGCCUCUCUCCCCGCCUCCUCCCGCCCCUCCCUCACCUGGACUCGCCCCUCCAACGCCCCCCCUUCUCCCCGCCGCCGCAAGCGCUUUGACAAAACGGAGGGCACGGGGCUGUUUGCGCGGGAGGAAAGGGAAACGGCAGAAAGGGAGACGGUAGAGGCUCAGACAGGAGGAACGCAAGGAGGGGGGGUGGUGGGAACAGAAGGAGAUGCGCUGACCAAUCAGGAGCAGCCACCGCAUCCCUGGAGCUGCGUGCCUGAGCUGCCAGCUGUCGACUGGCCACGGCUGAGGUGGCGGUUUGAUUGGUCCACGUUCACCAUUCAUGCCACGUCAGACAGGAAGCCACUGGCGGUUAGAGCAUGGACUGCCCGCACAGCCAGCGCACGGCGAGACUUUCGCUUCGUGGUACAGCGAGGCUCCAAGGGGUGGUCACGCCAUUCUUCCUCUGUUGCACCUGCUCGCCUCGCUCCCUUCAUCCUCCCCCCCCCACCCUCCCAACACAACACUCCCCCUCCCCUCAGCACGGCUCCAGUGCCAACGGUGCCGGGCACGUACGCAGGCAAGUUCGACCUGUGUGUGCAGGCCACGCCAUUCUUCCUGCACACCGUCUCGCCGCCCAAGCACCACCCCGAGGAUGGCUUGUGGCACUUCAGCUCCACCGUCUCCGACGUUCCCAAG